CUUGAUAUUCAAAAUAUAACCUGUUACCUGUAAUUGAAAUUUGAAAUUAAAUUGAAAGUUACUUUAGGUUAUUACGCACGGAUCACGAACGUAUACAAUUAUUCUAGGAUGAAAUAUGGAAAUUGAGCAUGGAGUAACAGUGAAAGUGCUUUUCUUUGCAAAAUCAAAAGAAUUAGCUGGAACACGGGAAGCGAAAAUUACGCUCCCCGAAAAAAUAACCUACAAGCAAUUAUUGGAUAUAAUCGCCGCGAAUUAUAACUUAGAAACAAUAAAAAGCAACAUUUUGCUAGCAAAAAAUGAAGAAGUGUGCUCUGAUAACAUUGAUAUUGAUAUAAAAGAAUUUGAUAGCAUAGCUGUUAUUCCUCCGCUUAGUGGGGGUUAGAA